AUGGAUGGAGCAAGGCCACUUAGGCACUCUACCAGCACAAAUUGGUUACAGAGAGUACAUCAUCAGCCUCUCACAGACGAGAUUCCACAUCCCAAUCGUUUUAGGUGGGGGUGGCUCUGCGCAUCUGGCAGUGAUUAUAAAGCGGUUUUACGAGUUCUAGAUCACUGUUUCACUACCAGCGGUCAUGAAGAAGUUCAGCACAGCAAAGGAUACACCCUUGGCCAUAUAGGAAGACAUAAUCUUGUCAUUUGUCCCCCAAACUACUCCCAAACUUGUCUAUCACUGGAUGCAGAGAAUAUGCAAUUGGCAUAUCCGUCGAUUGAGCAAUUCUUGAUCGUGGGCAUCGCGAGUGGUAUGGCAACCCCAGAUUUAGACGUGCGACUCGGUGACAUUAUCAUUGGUGAACGUGCCUUUUCCUAUGAUGUUCAGACAGGAAUCUAUGGUGAUACAUAUGGUCCGAGAAACGUGGCUUUGGAGCAGACUUGCCGUGCCUUGAACACAAAGAUACUUCUGAGAGAGGGUGGAGUCCAGGACUUUGUCAAAAAAGUUGUUCAGACACAGCCGUCUUGGUUUCAACGGCCCGAGAAUAGAGAUAUUCUCUUUGAGUCAAAUUAUCUGCAUACAAGCUCAUGCAAAUGCCUUGAAGAAGCGACCUCGAACAUCUCCGAAGGAAUCGUGCGACCUGAUCGAUCACCAGAUAAGCUGAUUCAAGUCCACUACGGUACUAUCGCAUCAUUGAGUCAAGACUUGGAAGAUACUCAGCUUAGAGAUUGUCUUUCUUUCGGAAAAAACGUGUUGUGUGUUGACAAGCAAUCCGCCAGUACUAUGGAAAAGGUGAAUUGUCUUCCAGUACUCGGCAUCUGCAAUUAUGGAGACUCUCAUCAAUACGAAUACUGGAACAAUUACGCGUCUCUCACUGCAGUCAUCUGCGCGAAGGAGUUGCUCGAUUGUAUAGAGCUGCUGCCGAUUACAAACACGGCCAAUGGCAUCGAUGGAGAGACCCCUGUAUCUGCUGCCAUCACAAAACCCAUUGACCCAGAAGUCGAUUUGAUCAAUGAGAUAAAAAACGAUCUCAAGAUUGUAGAAGACAAGAUUCAUAAUUGUCACCAGAAGUCAGACGCAGUCUUCAAAUUCGCAAACUGCCGUGACCAAGAUAUUAAGGCCGAAGUGGCAGCCCUCAAGCUUGCCGAGAGGAAGUGCAAGCAAGACCUGGAGGAACUGAGGCAGAAAAUCAAAAAUGAAAUGCAGCAAAACUACGUCUCAAAGCCUGAAUGGAAUACCUUGAAAAAGCGUAUCAGCAAAGACACACAGAGAAUUCGGCUGUCGGAGGUGUCUAUGAAGCUCAUGUGGGGAAUGGCGCAAAUAAUCAGGGCAGCAGGGAAGGCGGUUGACAAAAUGAUGUCCAAACAUGCUGCUGAAAUUCCCGAGAAUGUGAGAAAUGCGGAUUCAUCACCCUCAUCAGGACAAUUCGAUCCUCACAAGGUCAUCCAAUCUUGUCCACGACCCCCCGGGCAGGCAAAUGGAGAACAACUACCUGAACACAUCUCAAAUCAUGAGGAUGAUCAUGAGGGUUCUUUCCCACCAACUUCACCGCAACAUGAAAGCGCCCAAAUAGUACCCAAAUUUUACAGUGUUACCCCUAAAACACCUCAGGGAGCCUUUCUGCAACAUCAAAUCACGAGGUCUGAAUAUCAAUCAAAUAUCUCCUCACCGAUCCUCGAAGGGAAUGGCCUCCUUUCACCAGCAGCUACCAAUUCUCAGACAUCUUUGCCUCACUCACCAAUUAGGAUCUCUACUGAGGGCCGUGACUUCAGCGAACCGAAUCCUCUGUCCAACAAGCCUCAGAAUUGUCCAGACAUGAUAGCGCCAAAGACCAAGCACAUGUGUUGA